AUGCAUACAAUACAAUUAAACUCGGCUGGAUAUAAGGCUGGAACCCGAACUCCUUAUAGGAGUCUUGAGCUCAAAACAGAGAAACAGGAGAGCUCCACAACACACCCCCCAAUAUACAUUCUCCCGAUCCCCGUUGACCAUCUUCUCCUCAAGCCAGAGCCUGCUGUCCAACCCGCUCCGUGUCCUGAACAUGAACACCGCGUGACCCGACCCGGACCCGUUGAACCACCCGUGCACAUCCCACAUCAAGUCCACCAGCAGCCCGUCCACGAAUAUCGUCUGAUUUCCCCUAAAAUUCCAUCGCAGCCUCUUCACCCUCAUCACCGCCUUCCGGUCGAUCCACACCGUCAGCCCCGGCUGCUCCUCCCCCACCCCUCCGCACUGGAUCCGUACCUCGUGGGCCGGGCCGGACUCCCGGAACCGGGUCCUCGCAGCGUAGACCGACCCCCCCGUGAAAUGCUCCUGCCGGGAGACCAGGCACCACUCCGCGGGCCGGGUCCCCGGCCGGAGCUUCCUGGACGCUGCCUCCCGGGCCAGGUCGCCGAGUGCCGGGCCGAUCUCGGAGUCGACGGUGACGAGGACGUAGAAACCGUCGAUGGGCUCGGGCCCGGCCUCAUAGCGGGCCGCGGAGAGGUCCCAGUGGACCUCGAUGGCGAAACCGUGGAGGUCGAUGGACCUGGCGCCUUUGAGCUUCCGGAAGAGGCGGGAGUGGGUGGUGAGCUUGAGGGCGGCGGCGUGGUCGCCGUCGAAGGUGAGGGUGAGGCCCUGGGAGAGGGGGCUCCGGCACCAGGCCAGGCUAACGAGGAUCUGCUUCUGGGAGGAGAGAGACAGCCGGUAGGAGCAGACGACGGCGGUCGGGGCGGAGGGGGAGAGGGUUGCGGCGGCGGCGGCGCCGGAGCACGAGGCGUCGGAGACCUGCACCGCGUGUUCGCUGAAGCACGACGCCAAAUCUCUCAUUUGCUUGUCUUACUGUGUGUGUGUGAGGAGAGAUUAGCAGUUGUUUUGUUUGUGGAGAGAGAGAGGAAAGGAAUAAUGGAAAUUUCAUUCGGAGUAAAGGAAACUUUGGAGAUCAUUUCAUGUGGGACUGAGAUACGGAGAAUGCGCUUAGACGUGUCCAAAUGGGACCCGGCCCAGCCUGGCGGGUCGCCGGGCCACCACACAUGGGCCCAGAACCGGCUUAGAUAUAUGUACGGACUGGUUCGAUUGACUCGACGGUUAGCAUUUUUGUAG